AAGUGUGAUUGGUACCCCGUGAGAGUGCGGCAAGUCUGAUAUCGUCAUGGGGCAUCCACCCCGGUUCUUUUUGACCGCGGGUCUUUUCAUUUAUAUCUUCUUUUUCUCUUCUUUGGUUUCAUCGAAUAAAUGUACUACCGGUUGCCAUGGAAUGCACAUUGGAAAAGACUAUCAAGAAGGACAGACUUAUACAUAUGACUUGGAAGGAAAAUCGCUAACUUCUGUAUCAGAUGCUCAGGGAGAAGCUAGUUUGAACCUAAAGGCCACUGUUGAAUUAGCAGUAAAGCCUGACUGUAUCCGACAAAUAAAACUGAAGAAUGUAGUAAUCAAUGGAGCGCCCGUUGCAUUGAAAGAUGUGGAGCAAUACCCUCUGCAGUUCAAUUACCACAAUGGGCAUAUUGAUACUGAGCUUUGUGCUGAGCCGAGCGAUUCUCAAGCUUCUCUCAACAUCAAAAGGGCAGUCAUCUCCUUGUUUCAAUCAGCUGUGAUCCAAGAGUACGGUUCUACAACCCAUCAUGAGGCUGAUGUUUUCGGUGGAUGCACGACAGACUUUAGUUUCCAAAAGGACGAUGACUCCGUGGUCGUUCACAAAUUUAGGAAUCUUAAUGAAUGUGCUCAUCGUGAGACAAUUAGGCAGGGUCUAAUCUCGACUACUUUCGAUCCUAGAUCUACCAUUCAAUCUACUCCCUUGCUUUCAGCCCAACAAAAAGUUGAACAACGCUUCAAAAGCGGAGUUCUGAACAAAGCUGUUUCUACGGAAACUUACAAAUUCAGACCCUUCACGAAUGGAGAGGCUGGUGCCAAAACAACUGUUGAAACUACUCUUACUCUUAAAGGUCAAAAAGCUAACGGUGGCGACAGUGCUCCAGUCUCUGUGUCAAAAUCUCUAUUCUUUGAAGCUCCUCAUCCAGUGGCUAAAUCUUCUGUAGAUUCUAUUGUAAAGGCGCUUAAUGCUGUAAAAGAACAGUGUCCAGAAGCUGUAAAGCCAGAAGCUGCUCAACGGUUCGCCGAACUUGUCAAAUUACUUGGUGUCAGUAGUAAAAAAGAUAUCGUUGAUGUCUAUAAGAGCGUAAAUAGUGCGGACAAAGCGAAGGAUAAGAAAAUAUUUUUGGAUGCUCUAUUUCGAGCUGGAACUGGUGAAGCAGCUGAAGUUGCAGUAGAAUUGAUCACGUCAGGUGAAGUGAGUGGUGUUCAGGCUCUUGUAUAUUACGCCAGUUUAGCGUUUGUUCGACAUGUGAAUCUUCCUGCCGUGACUUCAGUAACUGCACUAUUGGAUCAACCCGAUUUGCCAAGGAUCGGUUACUUAGGUAUCGGACAAAUAAUCGGAAAAUUCUGUCAAGAACACUCAUGUGAGAAUGUACCUGAAGUACAGGCAGCUCUCGCUAAAAUUGUGAGCAAAAUUGGUAACGGAAAAACCACUACAAGGGAACAAGAGAAUAAAGUGACGUCUGCUCUAAAGGCACUCGGCAAUGCAAAAUAUUUGGAUGAAGCAACCCUCCAGAAAAUAGUUGGAAUUGCAGCUGACAAGAGCGUACGAAAUAGAGUUCGUGUAGCCGCCAUCGAAGUUUUGCCUGUCAAGUGUUCUAUGGUUUGGAAAGAUAUCCUUUUGAAGACACUUGCUGAUCUCGAAGAAGACUCUGAAGUAAGAAUUAAAUCUUACUUGUCACUUGUUGAAUGCCCUUGUCCACAUGUGGCCAAUGCUCUGAAAGAUGUUUUGGAUAAGGAGAAAAUAAAUCAAGUUGGAUCCUUUAUAACGUCUCAUUUACGCAAUUUACGUGCCUCUGCUGAUCCCAACAAACGCGAAGCUCAGAGACAGCUAGGCUUGAUUAAACCUCGCACCAAGUUCCCUGAAGAUUUCCGCAAGUUCUCCUUCAACAAUGAGUUGUCUUAUAACAUUGAUGCAUUUGGAGUUGGCUCGACGGUAGAAACCAACGUGAUUUAUAGUCAAAACAGCUUUAUUCCCCGCUCAGCUUGUUUGAACCUAACAACUGAGAUUUUCGGUCGAUCAUUCAACUUCUUAGAGCUUGAUGGUCGUGUAGAGAAUCUGGAUAGAAUAAUUGAACGAUUUAUUGGACCCAAGGGUUACUUGAGAAAAGGAGAACCUGAGGAUGUGGCGGCGGAAAGUUUUAGUUACUUAAAAACCCUUGCUCAACAAAUUAAGGGCCGUCUUGAAAAAAGUGCACGUGGCAAAAGAGAGGUGAAACCAGCGGAGCUUGAAAAAUUCGCGAAAAAUGUGCAUCUGCGUGGAAAUGAGGUAGAUCAUGAACUAGACUUGGAUUUGUCUGUAAAAUUGUUCGGCGUUGAACUGGCCUAUUUGAGUGUCGAGGGAAAUAACCAGAAGUAUACUCCAGAGUAUAUUGUGGAAAAGGUUUUCAACGUACUGGACAAAGGAAUCGACAAAGCCAAGGAUUUCAACUACAAUGUUGAAAACCAUUUAAUAUUUUUGGACGCUGAUUUAGUAUAUCCUACUAGCUUGGGUCUAGCUUUGUCCUUGGGAGUGACGGGUUCAAGCGUGGUCCACCUCAAGACUAGUGGAAAGAUUGAUCUUCCUGCAAUAAUAAAGGAUCCUGAGAACGCAGUGGUAAAAUUAUCUCUGGAACCGAGUGCGUCGAUAAGAAUAGAGGGUAGGUUAAUUGUUCAAGGUUUCCAAAUUGAAUCUGGCCUGAAGGUUAUCUCCACAUUACAUACUGCUACUGGUUCAGAAGUAACUGUCAAGGUUUUGGAGGGAAAAGGUGUCGAUGUUAAUUUGGGUAUGCUUAAACGAAAACAGGAGUUCGUCAGUGUAUCCAGCGAAGUUCUACUCAGUUCUGGUCCAAAAGGAGAAAAUUACGUAUCACCCAAGUUUGGUACGGGUCGUGAACACUCAGACUGUUUCGAUCAAUCUGCGAGCGUGUUUGGCUUUACUUUCUGUGGACGAUUCACCCUACCAUACGACAGUUUCGAAUCCUUCCGAAGGAAACCGUUAUUCCCUCUGAGUGGACCAGCUAAAUUAGCAGUCUACAUUGAUAACGUUGAUGUCACCAACUAUCACUUCAAAGCAUUCUACAAUACAAAGAAUCCCAAAGCACGAUCCCUCGAAAUCCUUCUUGAGACUCCCAACAGCAGAACCAACAGAUAUCUCUCGCUUCUUGUUGAAGCUGCAGUAGAACCAGAUAAACUUGCUCGAGUUACAUUUGCCGUUCCUAUGUACAAAGCUUCUGCCGAAGUCAUUCUCAAGGAUAAUGAUAAGGAGCGUUCCCUAACUAUUGCCAUUCGGCAUGAUCAGAUAGAAUACUUUGGUAAAAUAGGUGUAAUAGCAGAUGGAAAUAAGUACAAACCUGUAUUGGAGUACAAAGUACCGGAACACAUUGAGCGACUUGCAGGUGCAAAAAGUGGUGGAAAGCCAGCCAAGAGCGAUGGACAACAAUAUAGUUUAGGGGGUGUUGUCGAGGUUGUUGAUCACGAAGGUGGAAAGAAAUAUACCUUUGAAAAAGUAGUCCUGACUUCCUCAGGUCGUAAGGUCGUGGGUCUAGAUGGAACAUUGAUAGCUACUGCCAGUGUUCGCGCACUUGAUGCAAAAUUCAGUUACGGAGAAGAAGUCCUAGACGUGAAAUUAAACGGGAAAAGGUUAAAAGAAAAUCAUUACAGUUUGACGGUUGCAGCAGUUCCUUCCAAAGAUCCUAACGUUGCUUUUCGUAUAGAAUGGGAGUACCAGAGAGAAACUGGCAAAUUCGAACAAAAUCUCGUGUUUGCUCACGGCCCAGAAGCACAACAGUCAGAAAAUCGUCUUAUUCUAAAUCAAAGAGCAGCUUACAACCUUGAUCCAAAGAACUUUGCUCUCGGUUUCUCAAAUAAAGUCCUAUAUCCAGCACUGCACUUCCUCUUAAAAUUAGAAGGCGCUUUCACUAAGAAAUCUCUACAGAGUGAAAUUGACUUUGAAUAUGACAAGUUCAAGUUUGGAACAGAGAUAUCUGCCAAGACUGGUACUACGAAACCGGGUGAUUAUCAAAUUGAAUUCGAAGGUCAUGUUUUAAAGAAUAAGAUAGAACUAAAAGCAAAGCGAGUAAUAUUGAGCGAUACCAAGAGCAAGUUUGAAAAUUCAUUAGAAUUGUCUCCAGGAGGAAAAUAUGAAGUUGAUGCUGUGGUUAUUCACGACGUCAAGCCCAAUGAUAUCAAUGUCAAACUCGAUGGAGACGUCAAUUUGAAUGGAAAGAAAAUCAAAGUUGACACUGGAUUGGAGUCUAAUGUUCAGAAAAUUAACUCGCAUGCUCAAGUAUCUGUUGACAGUACUCCAUAUGUAGACUUUGUUCUGAAAGUACAACGUGGCAAUAGUCCUACAGGAAAUCUCGUGUUGAAUGUCAAGACUUAUAUCACAGCUUCUGGUCAAUUCUCGUAUCAGAACGGUAAGGGUAAUGCUGACCUAAAUAUUGACAUUCCAAAAAUAAGUCGAAAGAUCAAGGGAAGUGGUGACAUCGCAGUAACUGGUACACAGCAUUCAGCUAAUCUUGAAGUUCUCUAUGAUGCUGAGAAGGAUCCUAGCAAACGAAUUAAAUUAUCUACCAUUUCUGAUAUCACAAAAACAUCGGUUGAUAUGAAGAACGUUAUUGAAAUACUAUCCUACAAGACAGAAGUCAAUAUCAAAGGAAAACUGCAAGGUAAAUUGAACGAUGGCUCAUUGAAUGGUGACAUCGAUCUUACCUUGCCAAACGGAAACUAUAUUACCUUCACCGGAAAACGUGUAAUAAAGAGAAAUGGAGAUACUUUAGAUGGACAGAAUCAAUUUGAACUUGCUCAUCAUGUCACUAAAGGAGGCCCUGCACGAAAAGUUAUUUUCAGCGCAGAAGGAAAAAUCUUUAACAUCGAUGAUGUGAAAAAAGUAACUUUCCAAACCAAGCACGACUUAAAACUUGUGAAUUCUGAUGGAAAAGAUAUCCACCUCAUCGUUGGACUUAAGAACUUGAAGGGAAAUGCAGACAACAAAAACGCAGCAGUUGAUGCUAAAUUGUCAGGAUCUGUUAUUCCCAAGCCAUUCCAGUUCGAUGUGGAUGUUGAAUAUGGUUUAGAGGGUGGAUCGUGGAAAGGAAAAUCAUCUCUAGGAAGCGACACAUCAUUACAGAGUAAUGGAAAAUACGGUAGGGGAAACCGGGUGGACAAACCAACUACCUUAUCAGGUAUAAUUGAACUCAAACUACCAAGUGACAAGCUGAAGAACUUAAAAUUGGAGUGUUCGGACAGUAUUCUCGUUCCAAGAGAGGCAGGAAGCUUAAUUGAAAUUAUCAGUACCGCUACUCUUGUUUACAACGAUGAUCAAAAAAUCAAGCUCAAUACCCAUGUCAAGCACUCGGGCAUACCAAGUAAAACUAUCAAAAGCGAGGGUUCAGGAAAAAUUGUUUUGACAGUUUUAACUUAUCCAUCUCUUAUUAUUGAUGGAAAAUACGCACAUGAUCCUACCGCGGACACCAAAAAGGGUUCUGUGUCUGCUGAUGUGUCAUAUGGAGAUAAAAAGACCAGUGUUGCUGUGGACAGUGAAUAUUUAUCGGACUUAUCUUCAGUUAAUACUAACAUUAAAGCGACUACUCCAAUUGAAAAACUCAAGAACGUCAAUCUUCAAUUCACGCACAAGAGAGAAAAAGAAGGUCAAAUUCGUAGCACUGAUGUCUCUGUCACUGCUGACAAUGCUAAAUAUACAAUGAAGAGUGAAAUUCAGUUGGAUCCAGUCUCACCGAGUGCACAUCUGGUGUUCACAUGUCCAGCUGGAAAGACUGAAAUUCUUUCAAAGCUUACUAAGUUGGGUGAAAGAGAAUUCAAAGGAGAACUUAAGUUAGAUUCGCCGAAAGCACUUGUAACAUCUGACUAUCACGUUAAGCUUGAAAGUGUAGACGAUUUCGUGAUCACAGUUAAUUUUGAUUGCGAUAAAAUGAAACCUAGGAAGCUUCAUGCGGAAGUAGCAAACAAACCGGCCAAAACUGGUAGAAAAAUUAUCGUUACUGUUACAAGUGACGGAAAGAAUAUCAUCAGUGGAAGCACUGACUACAAGAAGCAUGUUGAAGCUGGAAAAGUAAUUGUUGAAGGCAAAGGAAGUCUGAAGAUCGGUGAAAACACCGAGAGUUCAUUAUUUAAGUACACACGCCAGGAACUUACCAAGGAAACUGAUAAUGAAAUAGGUAGUGCGAUUUUAUUGAAUGCAAGCUUUGGUCCCUCAGCAAUAGUUGGAGAACUCAAAGUUACAAACAAAGAAAUUCGCGUCUUUAACAGUUACUGCGAACAGAGCAAAGACUGCGCUCACUUCAAAUUGCAAUCAUUACUCGACUCUGAUAUAAAAACUCAUUUGAAUCAUCAGUUGACAGUCGAAGUAGAUCUGAAAAAGUUUAAUGUGCCUGCUGAAUUUGGAUUAAAAACUAGCACAAAAUAUUUGAUGACUGAUCCUUCAUAUGAUCAUACAUCAAGUUUGUACUUACACUCAUCAAAGGACAAGACUGAGUACACAACUCAUUUGUACGCCAAUACUAAGGAGUCCGGUGCUGUUCUUACUUUGCCAAGUCGCGAAUUAGCAGUCAUUUCUGCAUAUGAAAUUCCGACUACUAAACACACGGGAGCUUACAAAGUAGAUGUUGCCCUUUACUUAGACAGAAAGAACAAACCCGCCGACAAGACUGGAGUGUCAGCUAACGGACAUGUGAAUAUUGAGAAAAACACCGUUUCUCUCAAUGGAGAAGCCAAGCUCACAUAUCCUUCUCAACCAAAGGACAUGAUAGUGAAAGGAAAGCUCCACUGUGGUGGUGAAAAUUUGGUUGACGCUAAUUUAGACAUUGAUCUCUUUGCUAAAAAAUCUCAGAAAAUAAACGUAGUUGCUAAAAUAGCUCGUGUUGCAAUUCCUCAAGGCUUCAACUACACUAACAAUUUUGAAAUCACCAGUAGAGGUCAGCAAUUGAAGGUUGAAUUAAGGGAGCAUUUGGCAAUCUCAACCUCGACGAUUGGUUUGGGAUCCAUCCUUUCGUAUACAGACGAACAUCAGAAACCAAAGAGUGUAGGCGGUCUUUUCUCUGCUAAUAAAAAUGAAGUCCAUCUUUUGGUAUUGUCUCCCAAUAAGGAAUUGAUUAAAUAUGACUCAAAAAUGGAGUUUACACCCGCGCUUCAAAAGAUUGAAUCGGAGUUGAGUGUACUUACGAACAAACCGAUUGUGAUUAACUUUGAAGCAAAGGACUUGAAUAGUUUCAAGUAUUCUCAAUACAUUAAAGAUAAACCAAAUACGAAGAUUUCUGGCCACGGACGUUUCGUUCUUGGACAACUAGGUGAAAUUCAUGUCGAUACUUUCAAAGAGGGAGAAAAGAAGAAUUUAUUCUUCGCGUUGAUUCACCUAGAUGAAGGCAAAUUCCUUAAACCAGAUUUUGGCUAUAACAAAGACAACAUUGUAUCAGCUGUCGAAUAUAUUCGCGGACAAGCCCUUGAAUACAUUAAGCAAAUAAAGGACAUCGUGCAAAACAUAUGCGAAGAGAUUGCAACUGAAUUAAAAGACUUAGCUGAACAUUUGAAAAAAGCUCAACCAAAUCUUAAACCUUUGAUAGAACACUACCAAGCUGAAUUAACUAAACUAAAGGAUGAGCUCCAUGCAGAUGAAACUGUUAAGGAAAUACAAGCAACUCUGAAUCAACUAUUCGGUGGAGUGAUUGCAGCUAUUACUGAAACAGCCAAACUUCUAACAGAACGGUUGGCAGACUUACAGAAACAACUGAAUGCUAUUAUUGAUAAACUUACUGAUGCUGUAAAAGCAACUUGGCCUCAAAUUAAAGAAUCCUAUCAAAAAAUUUUGACAGUUGCUGUUGAUCUUUUUGAUGCAACUUCCACCUUGGCCACAACUUACUUGAAAGCCAUUCUUGGCCUCAUCAACGAACAUCAAAAGGAACUGAAGCAAUUAGCAACCGUUGCAGCAGAAUUAGCUCAAGACAUUGCCAAGAUUAUAUUUAAAGCUACUAACCAAAUUGAGAAGGACGUCAAAGACUUUGUAACCCAGCUUAUUCAACAACUUAAAGCUCUCCCCGUUUACGAAAUGAUUAAAGAAAAGUACCAACAUUUGGCCGACUACCAAAUUCCACAAGCAAUACUGGCGCCAAUUGAAGAACUCUGCCUAAACAUUAGGAGCAUUUUGCCAACGGAAGAACUGAAGGAACUAUUCACCAUUUCUUACAAUUAUAUACUGAAACUCGUUAAACGCGAAAAGGUUGACGAUACUGCUGAAAUCAAAAACAUCUACGCCCAUUCAAUCGCUGCCGCUCAGUCCAUCUUGAAGCUGUUGCAACCUUAUGUAACCGUUGAAAACGUUUUUAACUACAUCGAGACACGCAUUCCUAUUGACCACAGUUUUAUAUGGAAGUUACCUGGAAUUACUACUCUUAAAAUCUCUCUUCUCAACCUUCUACGCAAUAACGAGUUGCCAUCACCUGUCGACUUGUACUAUGCCUACAGACCAACUCUCGACCUUGAAGAUAUUGUGCCACCAUUCAGCAAGCUAGGUCUAGUAAUCGAUGGAGGUCACUUCUUUACAUUUGACGGUCAUCAUUUCUCUAUGCCAGGAUCUUGCAGUUAUAUUUUGUCCCAGGAUAUUCAGGAUAGAAACUUCUCUGUUGUUGCUAAUUUCAACAAUGGAAACCUUGCUAGUAUCACUGUCACUGAUCCUAAAGAGAGCAUUACAGUUAAAUCUAACGGAAAUGUUCUUGUUAAUGACAAGCCAGCUGAGUUCCCAGCCACUACUGAAAACCUCAAAGGAUUCCUCACCCUUCCACUUAUUAACAUAAAAUCCAAGUAUGGAGUACAUGUGAUUUGCACUAAUGCAAGCCCACUGAUAUGUAGUGUGCACGUUUCUGGAUUUUAUCUAGGUAGAUUACGUGGUCUUCUGGGUGAUGGAAACAACGAGCGUUACGAUGACUUCACACUUCCAUCAGGCAAGAUCGCGGCAAGUGCAACCGAAUUUGGAAAUGCUUAUAGAGUUAGUGCAAGCUGUCCAACCGCAACAGCUGCAGACUACCUUGCAACUCCUCGUGCUGAUGUUUGUACAGAAUACUUUUCUGGUAAUUCGCCAAUGAGUGCUUGCUUUAACUACGUAAAUCCAUCACAUUAUCGACAAACUUGCGACCAGGCUGUUAGCGUUGGUGCAAAGAAAGGACCAUGUCUAGUCGCUACCGCGUACUAUGCAUCUUGUCGCUUUGCACGUGUUUUCUUCAGCGUACCUGAUGCAUGUGGUAGUUGCAAGGAGGGAUCAAAUGACAUUGCCACGAGUGAUGCAUUCAGUGUAAAGAUUCCUAAGAAGGAAGCUGACGUCAUUUUGGUUGUCGAACAGUCCGCUGAUAAUGAAAAAGUUUUCAAAGAACUCGUUACUCCUUUGAUAACUGAAUUGAGAAACGAACUUAAGCAACAUGGCAUGACUGAUGUCCACAUUGGUCUGAUUGGGUUCAGCGAGAAGAUGGAGUGGCCUCAGCACUAUACAACUGGUGGUAGUACAAAUAUUGAUGGAGAAGUGAAAAACAUCAAGUUUGAUCAACUUGAUCCAACACUUACUUUAGAGGACGCAAAGGAGGGUGACGCAGUGACAAGAUUGACAUAUGCAACACAACGACUAAUUACUGAAUUGGGUAUAUUCAGCUUGACUGAUGCUUACGAAGAAGCUGUCAGAUAUCCAUUCCGACCUGGUGCAGCCAAAGCUAUCAUCGGAGUCUUUACAUCACCUUGUGAGAAGAGUGCUCUACCAAUUUCGAUUCAGCAACUCAGGCUUUUAUUGGGACACAAAGUGUACCGAGAUCUGGGUCUCACUUAUCACCACAUGUUUUUGACGGACAGCCUUCAAGUUUCCGGCAAGCCACAAAAGAAUGUCGUUGGUUUUGAUUACGAUAGUGCUUAUACUUUCGCUGAUAGUAAGAAGAAACCUUUGGAAGGAAGUACCGAUCUGAAGAGCAAUUUGGUCCUCACUGACAAUGAUGUUUGUGCCAACUUUGCUGUGCAGUCUGGAGGCGCCGCGUUUAGCACGCACAAUUUCUUGGAUGCUAAACCGAACCAGAGGAAACAGUUCCUUCAAGUGGCUGCGCGUAGAGUAAGCGAAGGACUUGCUGACCUAGAACUCGAAGAGGAUUGCGUGUGCUACAAAGAAUUCGGCAUUCGCAGGCGUGCUUCUUGCAAAAUCGUGAAUCGCAACGAAAAGGGAGUUCUUGCGAGGUCUAAAGGAUCGAAGUGAUAGAAGAUAAUCUCCAAUUACACCUGCUACUUUUAAUUAGAUACUAGUGUUAAUGUAUUUGCUACUGCGUUACAAUAUUUUAAUAGCACCCAAAUUCCACUAACUCGUGCACUUCUAAAAGAUUUAUUUAUUUCAAGAAACUUUCUACAAAACCCGAAAUAAACGAAUAUCAAUAUAAUGUUAUAAAAAAAUCUUCAACAAAACUAAUUCUUGAAAAUGUAAAUAUAUGUAUUCUACUUGAGAGUGUAGUACCUUAUGCUUGAAACAAAGAAACUUUACUUGCGCACGAGUUGUCCGAUUUUGUUAAAAAUUAUUAAAAUAUUCCUGUAUGAUAUGAAAAAAAUAAUGCUGCGCAAAAGUCAGAAAUGCAUGAGUUGACGAUUCUGUAAGAUGUGAAUGUUCGAGAAAAAGAGUUGAUAAUAUAACUUUUAUCAUUAUUAUUAUUAUUA